AUGGGAAAAAUCAAUUCGCUUUCCUUUUCAUUCUUAGCAAUAGCAUGUGCUUUCUUGCUUCACUUUCAAACCAUAGUUCUUGCACAAGAACAUGUAGCAUCUUCAGAAAGUGAAGCACUAAGCCUAUCACCAGAAACAAAAAGAGAAACACUAGAAAUCAUCAUAGGCGGCGGAGGCGGAGGCGGAGGCGGAGGCGGAGGUGGAGCCUAUUCUCCGGCUCCUUCCCCUGAAAAUAACUGUCCACCUCCACCUCCACCACCUCCGCCGUGUCCCCCUACCCGAUUAGAAAAAGCUCGCGCCGCACUUCUCAAAUUCAAAACACUUAUUAGUGACCCCAAAGGGUACACUAAUAACUGGAACGAGAGUACAGAAACUUGCAAAUUCCAUGGAAUCCUUUGUGGAAUAUUCCCACAAGAUAACCAACAAGCAGUUGCUGGAUUAGACUUCAACCAAGCAAGAUUCUCAGGUAAAGACUGUACCAAUAUACCACUCACAGGCUUCACAGGUAUAUUAGACAAACUAGAAGAAUUAACAUUCUUCCAUGUCAAUUCAAACAAUUUCUCAGACCAAAUCCCACCACAAAUCACUAGUUAUCCUUAUUUCUACGAACUUGACCUCAGUAACAACAAACUUUCCGGUCCGUUUCCAGAUCAAGUUCUUCAAUCUAAAAAACUUGUUUUCCUAGACCUCAGGUUCAACAACCUCCAAGGUUCCGUUCCAUCAAAGCUAUUCGAGAAAGAUCUCGACGUAAUCUUCAUCAACGACAACCAGUUUAGUUCUUGUUUACCUGAGAAUUUCGGUUCCACUCCUGCAAGGUACUUAACUUUCGCACACAACAAAUUCGUCGGUGAAAUUCCUAGAAGUAUUGGUAACGCUGCCAAAACUUUAACUGAAGUUCUUUUCUUACGGAAUCAAUUUGAAGGGUGUUUACCUUAUGAAAUUGGUUAUUUGAAAAAAGCUACUGUUUUUGAUGUUAGUCAAAAUGUUUUAACUGGUCCUAUUCCUGCUUCAUUUGGUUGUUUAGAGAAGAUUCAGUUUCUGAAUCUUGCGCAUAACAAAUUCUAUGGUACUGUUCCUGAGAGCGUUUGUGUUUUACCUGGGAUACGUAAUAAUGGGAACUUGUCUCUGGCUGAUAACUACUUCACUGCGCUUGAACCGUCGUGUUGGAGUUUGUUGAAGUCCAACAUAUUGGAUGUUAGUAAGAAUUGUAUCCCGGGACUUCCGAAUCAACGAUCGAAGCAAGAGUGUUAUGCGUUUCAAUAUACGGUGAAACCAUGUUCGAAUGCUCAGAGUUUGAAAUAUGUUCCUUGUAAGACACAUUGGGGGCAGAAACAGAAUACAGCGCCUCCUGAGAUGGCUACUGAACCUGUUACUUACAAAUCUCUCAAACCACAUCGGUUGAGAAUGUGA